AUGAAAGGUCCGACAUUAAACAGCACAACGGGUCGAAAACCUUCAACAACUUCGACGAGUAGUAUUCAAAAUCAUUCAGCGACACGUCCGAGACAAAGCGAAGUCUACGAGGAUUAUUCCGAAGCUGUGGAAAAUUGGCGACAGAGACUUGUAGAAAAACGUAAACAAAGCUUAAGACCGCAUGGAGACGACGAUGAGCCAACAACGUCAUCAUCAGUUACCAAAACAAUACCUUCCAGUCCCACUGAAAAAUCAGAUGAUUCAGAAACAAAAGCAAAACCUCAGCGUCCAUCGACGACAUCGACUGUUUCGUCAGUCACUCCAACAAAUGAAUCGAUGGAUAAAUUAACAAUAUCGAAUCAAAUACCACCGAAAAGUCCAUCGCCUCAACGAAUUAAAGGUCCUGCUAAAAUACAUGAAAUCUGUAUUAAAAAAGCCGUCGAUGUCCGAGGUUUUGGUUUCAAACUUGAGGGUGGCCAAACGCAUAAUCGACCACUUUACAUAUCUACACUGGAAGAAGGCAGUCCUGCUGAUAAAGCGGGAUUAUGUGUUGACGAUGAAAUUAUAUCCAUGCACGAUGAAAAUGUUGAACAAAUGACAUUUGAUCAAGUGCGAAAACUUCUGAAAGAACGAAACUUACGUGGAAGCAUUCGAUUAGUUGUUCGAACUUUCGAAGAAGUUGUCGAUGAUAAUUCCCAAACUAUCACAGCAGGUCAAGCAACUGAGCAUAGUCGAACGCCAUCGCCACAAAAGCUUGCAUCUAAUUCACAACCAAUCACAUCCGCUGUUUCGCCAUCACCAACAAUAACGCGUACGAUUCCCGUGUCAGUAACGAUUCCAUCCAAUGCUCAUCCACCUAUCUAUACAUUUGUACCAUAUAAUCCUCCGCCCUUAUGUUAUCCAACGCCUGAUUCAACUUUGAAUACAUCGAUGAAUAUGUUCGGACCUAAGCCAUUCCGUUCAACCGCUUCAAUCAAUCUUGAAAAUCAAACUAGUAAUGAAUCAAAAACUGUUCAUACAUCGUCGAUUGAAGCUUUUCGAAAGAUGCUUAAUCCAUCAAACAGUAUCAGCAAUAGCAUGAAGAAUGAGACAACAAGUUCGCUUGAACAACAAUCAUCAACUGUGUCGGACUUAUCGUCACAGACCACGGUGAUCUCACCUCCUCCUAAUCCAGUAUCGAUUUCAUCGGAAUCGCCGACUAAUAAUACAUCGCCAUCAAGUACAAUAACAGCGAAGGCAAAAGCACCGCCUCCACCGUUAACAUCCGUCGAAACAUUACUACGUGGAACACUCGAUAUCAAUAAACAAGACCAGCAACGUAAUGAAUCAUUCACUGGCCAAGCACGUUCAUCUGUUGAACAACACAUGAAUCAGUUACAAGAAGACUUUCUAUUCAAUCAACCUCAUUUACGAAUAUCACACGAGCGACGUUCAGUAAACAUUCCUGUUGAUUCAUCAAAUCUGGUUAUACCAUCAUCUAAUCAAACCCAACAAUCCACGAAUAAUCAUAGUAGUAGUAGUAAUGGUAGUACAAGCCGAAUAUAUCACAAUAUUGAAUCAUCAACUUCACAACAAUUUUCACCAAGUUACCCAAAACGUUCUAUACAAGAUAUUCCUUCAUUGUUUACUAAUAAUGCAACAACAACAGUGGCCAUCAAUCGUUUACCUGCAACAGACCAUCCAGUCAAUGAAACCAAAGUCAAUCUAUCGAGUCCAACAUCGAAUCAACAACCAAAGAAAGUCUCCAUACAAGUAGAUGAGAAAAAAACGCAACAACGUAUUACGAAUAAACAACUACACACAACAUUCAACCAAGUGCCCAAAAAACCUCUUGCAGACGAUCAUUCAUGGAUUAAUCAUGAUGAACAAAAUAAACCUAAUGUUCUUCUACCAUCAACAUAUCAAAAUGGUAAAAGUCUUUUGAGUAACCAUCGUCCUGCUCCACCGGUACCUCAUCAUCAAGACACACAAAGAAAUGCUUCAUCAUCCAAGCCAAUAUCCAUGUUUCAUUAUGGUGAUGCAUCGGAUGAUUUGAGUUAUCGUCCUUUGCGAAGUGCACAACAUAAGCAUGAUUUCGAACCAUCUAUUCACCGUCAGCAUCAAUUAAAAAAUCGACCGAAAUCACCGAUUCGUACGACAAUCAAUAGUAAUAAUAAUCGAGUUUUAUCGGUCAGUGGAAAACUACAUUGUUCGAAAUGUAACCAAGAACUAGGUCAAGGUUCAGCAAUGGUGAUUGAAUCGCUUGGUUUAUACUAUCAUAUCGAUUGUUUCCGAUGUUUCGUUUGUAAUAUACCAUUGUCAUCAUCAUUCGAAGGCACCGAUGUUCGUGUACGAAGUAAUCGACUUCAUUGUCAAAACUGCUUUUCAGACGAAAAUGGCGACUGGAGAUCAAACCAAGCUUUAUCAUAA